GCGAGGUGAGCAAGUCGGGAGAGACUUGUUCAUUGACGGACUCCGCAGUCGAACGAUAAGGGCAAAGUUGCGAAAGCAAUUUUCCCCCAUCACUCAUACACUACAACAAAUUAUGGUUGUUGCGGAAGAAAUGGAACGGGAGUUCGCAGCGAACUUCCUGGAAGGAGAAGAUUACCCUAGAGACGGAGAUUCAACUGAGCUCGCUCAAGCAAGAGCAGAGCUGGCUGCUUUACAAAACAAAUUCGAAAACAUGGGGUUCGUAUCAGGACCUGUCACCUAUAUGGAACAGAUAGGCCCCAAACGAGUAAUCCUAAGUGAGACUCCGAGCAUCUCUGCUCCUACGAUGCCCCCGCCUGUCAGGACAUUACCCCCGCCGCCGGUAGAGGCUCCUGUACGAUCAAACGAAUCGGCGGCCAUUUUUGAACUAACCAAAACUUUGAUUAGUUUGAUCCAAGAAAGCAAAAAGGAGCAGCGAGAGCACAAUGCUCGGCUAGAAGCCAUGAUGAGGAACAUGCGACCCAUUGCGUCUGCACGGGCUCCCACCCACUCCUACCGUGUUAAGGAGAACAGUGCGCCGCUAUUGAGUGAGGAUAAGUGGGAUGCGUGGUGGGAGAACUAUAUCGAGCUCGCUUUCUGCCUGCUGGAGAUAGAGUUUCGCUGGUCAGAGGCGGCCCCAUUCGGAGAAGGGCUGGAGCACCAAGAAGACAGCGUGGAGUUUCUGAUCAUCCAAGCCUGGAGGACAGCGAAGCAGGGUGACCUGUUGGGAUUCCUGUUCGGGAAGGUGGAGGAGGGCAAUCUCACCUUGAUCGCGGACGAGUUGCUGGUGUUUUUAACUCAGUUGGCGGACGAUCUGCCCCUGGACAUCUUGUCGCACAGUGACAAGCAGCCUGGCACCCACAUGCUGUCUCGAACGCUCGAGCCGCACCUUGUGUGGUCCACGUGCACGGAAAUCGACGAGGACAAUUGUCUCUAUCCCUCCCAGGCGCUCUACUUGGAGAUCGACGUUACCGAUCUCACAUUUUGGGACCCGAUUGCGAGACAAAAUAUCGCGCAAGACGAGGAGAUAAGGGGAGCAGACGAAGAAGAGGAAGAAGAAGAGUCAUCAAGUGAGGAACGGGACGAUCCGGACUACGUACCAGAAAGAGAGGCGGGGAUAGCCGACGAAUCAAAUUUGUCGCAGGUAAAGGACGAAGGGGUGGAAUCAGAAGAAGAAGAAGGAAGCGGGCUAUCAGGAUCGGAGUGCAAAGGAUUCGAGGCUGAAGUGCGCGACACGGCGCGAGAACGAGUACGAGAGCGGAGGAAACGAAAGCACCAGGAGACCGCGGAGGGAAAGCGACCCGCAACAGACGUAUUCUUUGUUGAUCCGUCGAUCAGGGACCCGUGGCGUGAUCCAGAGCCGCCAGAGGAGGAAGACGAUGGAGCCACAGCGGAGGGAUCACGCGGCAGAAGAAGAAGAAGAAGAAGUGAAUCGCCAGCUCCCUCCGGUUCCCCGUCCCGAUCCUCCCUUCGUCUAUAUCAAGAUCUCGGCGUUCGGGCUUCGUCCCCAGUCGUUCUCUCGCCGACCCCGUGACUACCUCAUGCUCACCCGCCUUCCGCAUAGACCCCCGUUCCCUAUGGUUGGUGCCCUUUCCCCCAUCAUCUUUUCUACCAUCUCUACGCUACCCGCCUUCUAGUCUCCGUCUAUCCCCACG